GUCAGAUGUGCAAACUCUUCUCAAGCUCCAAAAACAAAAAAAAACCCCAAAACAAAAUAAAAUCCCAACAAUAAAUCACACUAACCGCCAACCCAUCACUGUCUUCUUCGUCUUGAGGAAGUUUCCAUCAAUUUCCUUCUAUCAAAGACUCUAUCUUUCUCUCUUUCAAUUCUUGGUUGGGUUUUUUUGGGGGUGAUUUAAAGCUAUGUCGUCUUCUUCAUAAGUGGUAAAACAAGAUACUGUUGAUUGGUGAAUGCUGAUGGGUUCUUCAUCAAAGGGAGUGAGUAAUGGUUAUGAUUACUCUUUCAAGCUACUGUUGAUUGGUGAUUCUGGUGUUGGGAAGAGCAGUAUUCUCCUCGGUUUCAUCUCCAACUCCGUUCAUGAUCUCUCACCCACCAUUGGUGUGGAUUUUAAGAUCAAGCUAUUCACGUUUGGAGGGAAAAGAUUGAAGCUUACAAUUUGGGACACAGCUGGGCAGGAAAGAUUUGGACCAAUGACGAACUCUUACUAUAGAGGCGCACAUGGAAUCAUUCUUGUUUAUGACGUGACAAGGCGAGAAACUUUUACAAAUUUGUCAGAUUUAUGGGCAAAGGAAGUAGAACUUUACUCCACAAAUCAUGAUUGUAUCAAAAUUCUCGUGGGAAAUAAAAUCGAUAGGGACAGUGAGAGAGCUGUAACAAGAGAAGAGGGGAUAUCUCUUGCACAGCAGUAUAAGUGUUCGUCAUUCCUUGAAUGCAGCGCUAAGACAAGAACAAAUGUACAGCAGUGCUUCAAAGAUGUCACACUUAAGAUACUCGAGGUACCCAGUUUGCUAGAAAAAGGGUCUGCCGUUGUAGCAGCGAAGAGACAAACUUUGAAACAGAAACAAGAACAUCGAAACCCUAGAAAUGGCAAUUGCUGCUCAUAAUCAAAAUCUAGUAAUGCAGAUGCUGUGCGAGAGAGAGACACAAUACUCCAAAAACAAAGCAGAAGUUCUGGGAUUCUGAGCAAUCCGGAGCCGGGUGGAGCAGGCGAUCUUGACAACUCUACAAAACAAAUAGCAUAAGUUUGUACCCUAUUUUACAGCUCUAUUUGGAGCCAUAGCUGUUUUCUCCAUAUUUUGGGCUGUCUGUCACAUCUUAGUUUCCUUGUAAAUAUGUUGAGUUUUGGUUCAUAUGAUCCCAUUUAUUUUUUGUUUAUGUUGAAAUAGACAUUAGGUUUUAUGCUUGGUUUAUUUGUAUUCUAGGAUUAUAGGAACAUGAAAUAACAGAUGGACUUCAGGCUAUA